UUUUCCGAUUUCGAGUCCGAUGCGCAAGUCGAUUGCCUCCUGCCUCCUCCUCUUGGUGGCGCUGCUUGCGACCGUGUGCGCGCAGACGCCCGCGCCCGCGCUCUCGCAGCCCGUCGACCAGUGCCUCCAGUGCCAAGUCUACGGCCAGUGCGCGCUCGCGUACAAGAACACGCCCGGCCAGUUCUGCGGCAAGUUCCUCUCGUCCGGCGUUGCCUUCCCGUGCUGCUGCCCCACCAACAGCGCCUGCGCGAUGCCCAAGGACAACAAGUCGUGCCUCUGCAAGGAGUUGCCGCCGCCGAAGAAGUCGACGCCGUUCUGGGUCUGGAUCCUCGUCGCCAUCGGUGUCAUCCUCAUCGGCGUUGGCAUCUACUUUUGCUUCUGCCGCCCCUCGGCCGACGACGAAGUCGUGUUUGUGGAGUCGCAGCAACCCGUGUACGUCCAGCAGCCGCAGCCCGUCGUGUACCAGCAGCAGCCCAUGUACGUCCAGCAGACGGUGGUUCACGACAACGACGGUGGCAUGGGUGUCGGUGCGGGCGUCGCGAUCGGCGCUGCGGCUGGUCUCGUCGGCGGUCUUGCCUUGGGCGCUGCCCUCGACAGCGGUGCUCACGGUGGCGGCGGCGGCGGCUACGGCGGCGGCGACGACGAAGGCACCUUUGGCGGCGACUUUUAAGUCCACUCGCCCUUCUAUCCUAUAACCAAGCUAAAUCUAUUUGAUCGUCAUCUGCGA